AAAAAAAAAAAGACUAUAGUUGUUGGUGGGCAUUUGCAACUAAAACCGGGAUAAUAUUGUUAAUUUACGUGAUUGUAAUACUCGGAAAAAAAAAAUACAUCUAGUAGAUUAUUUAUUAUUAUUAUUAUUAUUGUUAUAUUUUUAUAUUUUUUUUUCCCGUAAUUAAAUAUACAAUAUGGGUCGACUCCAGGGAAAGACAGUUUUCAUUACGGGUGCUUCAGCAGGUAUUGGUGAAGCAAGUGCACGUCAGUUUGCUGACGAAGGUUGCAAUUUGAUUAUCACUGCUCGACGUGUAGAAAGACUUGAGAAACUCAAGUCAGAAUUAAACAAAACUCAUCCAGGAAUUUAUAUUCAUGCUGUUCAACUUGAUGUUCGUAAUGUACAACAAAUUAAUAAAGUUGUUGCUGAAUUACCCGAGCAAGUAAAAAAUGUCGAUGUUUUAUUGAAUAAUGCAGGUAUGGUCAUUGGUACCGAUCCCUUAAUUGAUGCUGAUGAAGACGUGGUCGAUCAAAUGCUACAAACAAAUAUCAAGGGUCUUGUCUUCUUGACAAAGGCCAUUGUUCCUGGUAUGAAAGAACGUGGUAGAGGUCAUGUAAUUAACAUUGGUUCUAUUGCUGGUAAACAAGCUUAUGGAGGCGGAAGUAUUUAUUGCGCUACUAAAUUUGCUGUAGAUGCUAUUACAAAGGCAUUGGCUAUUGAAUUAGUAGAUACACCUAUUCGUGUUAGUCAAAUUUGCCCUGGUUUAGUAAAUACUGAGUUUUCUACAGUCCGUUUCCGUGGUGAUAAAGAAAAAGCAGACAAUGUUUAUAAAGGAAUACAGCCUCUUGUUGCUGAUGAUAUUGCUGAACUUAUUGUCUUUACUGCUGGUCGUCCUGAUCAUGUUAAUAUUGCUGAUAUGCUUGUUUUCCCUGUCAAUCAAGCUGAUUCAAAGACCGUUUAUCGUCGCCCAGAAUAAUUAGAAAGAAUAAUAAAUAAAUAAAUAAAUAAAUAAAAG